GACACGUGAGCAGGUGGUGUCUUGGUCAUAUGAUGUGUGCUGUGCAGUUUGCUGGUUGAGCUGUUUGUUUAACAGUGCAGAAUUGAAGAAAAGGCUGACUUUUUUUUAAAGAGAGAGAGAGAGAGAAAGAAAGAACGAACUAAGCGCUUAGUGCGUUUUUACUGAGCAGGCACAAAGAUGGCGGCGUUGUUGAAGCAGUAUCGUGACAGAAUACGCACUGAGCUGGACAGAGUUGUGGAUUUCUGGCUGAAAAACUCUCACGACGAGCAAUAUGGUGGGUUUUUUACCUGCAUUGGAAAAGAUGGGAAGAUCUAUGAUGAGCUCAAGUAUGUGUGGUUACAGGGCAGACAAGUGUGGAUGUACUGCAGGUUGUAUCGCACUGUUCCGAGGUUUCACAAGCCGGACAUUCUUCAAGCUGCAAAAUCAGGUGGUGCGUUUCUCCAGAGAUUUGCUAAAGAGCAUGCCUCAGACGGUCCAGGAAAGUGCGCGUUCUGUCUGACGAGGGACGGUCGAGCAGUAAAAGUUCAGAGGACCAUCUUCAGCGAGUGUUUCUACGUCAUGGCCAUGGAUGAACUUUCCAGGGUUACAGGAGACAAAGAGAUGCAGUCCGAAGCAGAGAACAUGAUGGAUCAGUUGGUCCACUGGGUCCGGGUUGACUCGUCAGGUCUGGGUCGUCCUCAGCUUCCUGGUGAUAUUCCUGUUAACAGCAUGGCGGUUCCCAUGAUGCUCCUGUGCCUGGUGGAUCAGCUGACCGAGGGUAGGGCGGAGCUUGCAGAGAAAUACAGAGAGCUGGGUGAUUGGUGUGUCUCUCAGAUACUGCAGCAUGUACAGAGAGAUGGAAAGGUCAUUCUUGAAAAUGUGUCACUGGAGGGAAAGGAGCUGCCUGGCUGUCAGGGACGUUUGCAGAACCCAGGUCAUGCCCUGGAGGCUGGCUGGUUCCUGCUGCAGUACGCCAAGGCACGAGGUGCUGCAGAGCUGCAGAAUGUGGCUGUGCAGAAGUUCAUGGAGGUUCCCUUCCUCACCGGCUGGGACAAAGAACAUGGAGGACUCUUCUACUUCCUAGACGCUGAUGGUCACUGUCCCACCCAGCUGGAGUGGAACAUGAAGCUGUGGUGGCCUCACUGUGAAGCUCUCAUCUCUUAUCUAAUGGCCUACGAUCACUUCAGAGAUCCUGCAAUGCUGGAGAGAUUCACGCAAGUCUACGAUUACACUUUCACACACUUUCCUGACGAAGAGCACGGUGAGUGGUUCGGAUAUCUGAGUCAACAGGGGAAAGUGGUGCUGGAUUUUAAAGGGGGACCUUUCAAAGGGUUCUUCCAUGUCCCUCGAUGCCUCUACAUGUGUGAGAAGAUGCUGGAUCAUCUGAUCACAACACUUGAGUCCUAAACGUAACCACAAACUGAUGGAUGACAUUUUAUGCACUUUUUUCCCCCCAACCACUGUAAUGUUUCUGCUACAGCAUAUAUACUGUACAUGCUUACACUCCAAAUCAGUACCAAGUCUAUAUAAUGUAAGUGUCACAGAGGAGUUGUUGUUUUUUUUUUAAAUAGAAAUCGUAAAGGGAGCAGGUUUUUUUUUUUUUUUUUUUAAUAGGAAUCGUAAAGGGAGCAGUUUUUUUUUUAACGCUUCUCUGGACAGUUAAUCGCUGUAUACUGAAUUCAUGCACACACUAAAGCCAGUUUAUGAGUUAGCAGCAGAGGAACAGAAGGCUUAGGUUUCAUGAAAAAAGCUUGUGUCCUGGAAACCAACUCAUUGUAUGUAGCAUGUUCAAUCAAAACUACAUUUCUUAAAUGCCACUGACCUCAAGUGGAAGCAGAAGAACAGAUGCAUUCCCUGAUAUUGUAAUGUUAAGAGCAUUACAUAUUUUCUUUAUAGUACUCAGUAAGGCAAUGCAAACGGGUCAUAAGCAACUCAGGGCUACGCAUGACAUUGUUUAAUAUCUGAUUUUCUCAGUUGUUCUUCAUCAGUGUCCAAAAAAAAAAAAAGCUUCAAAUUAAAUGGUCUAACUUUCAGCAGUUCAGUGAGCUACUACAAGCCUUUAUCACAAUUUAUUGCCUUCAGUGAUGAGUUUCCUUUUAAUGCUCCAUCACUGAUGAUUAGAUUACAGUUACAAAUAAGCGAUGUUUUAAGUAAGUUUGCUAAUCAAUCCAGAGAGACUAAAAAAAUGGAACUGUCUCUGAAGAUAUUUGGAAAUUGUUCCGUGUGUGAGUUGAUGUCUUUAGCCCUGGAGCUAGAUUCUGGUCUGAUGAGCUGCUUUCAGGUAAAUAAUUUACAUAAAUGCAUUUGAUUAAAAAAAAAAAAAAAAAAACCCAAAAAACAUUUCUGCUACAGAAUCCAUGCUGGUUUACUGAAUCAUGGCCAGUUUAUUCAUACAUUUUUCAGCUCUAGUAAUAUAUCCUGUGUCCUGUUCAAACUCCUAUCGUCACUUUGUACACGUGCCUUUACAUGCUGUUUAUUGCACAUAUUAUCAACUGAUUUUUAUUUACUACAUUUCAGUGAGGAAUGUUAAGUACUCCAUUUCUGGCAUAUCUGGUCACUCCAGAGAGUAAUACUGACAAAAAUCUAUAUGUCUGAUCCCUAAUUAUACAUUUAACCCAUUAUCCAUGUGCUUAAACAUUCAAGUCUUUUACUCUACUAAUUAUAUGAUUUGUUUAAAUGUAUUUACUCAUCAUAUUUUUUUUCCUCAUAAGAUGUCAUUCGUAUUAGUGAAUUACUGAGACUGCUUGUCGGCUUCACAUUUCACCACUGUUCAUGUGUUGUGUAGUUCAGCAAAUGCCCCUCUGAGAAAAUUGUGAAAGUAUACUUGAAUGUCUCUCAAUCGAAACACUGAUUUCAACAUUUAUGUCAAUUUGUGUUAGGAAAAUAUAAUUCAUAUUCAAGAAUUAAAGAAAGCAUUUCAUUACAGACAGUGGUUGUGAUUGUUGAGGUCAGGGUUUGUUCCUCACUGGCGGAAGUGAACUGGGUUUGGCACAGGUAAUAUUUAAAAGGUCUAAUUUCCCAUCAUUUUUAUGCUGGCAAAACCAUUCGUGAUAAAGGCCCUUUGGGGCAUGCUGUUCACAACAGUCAAUGAGCAGGUGGGUGUGAUGCAGCCUGACACACUUACUGUUCCACCGUGAAGUUGAUCAUUUUCCUAGAACAGCAUGUCCCAGUCUUUUAUUCCUUUUCUACCACGGCAAUUUGUCAGUGAUUGCUUUUUUUUUUUAAUUAGUUAUUGAACGUUAUGUCCUACUUUUUAACAGGACAGGUUUCACUCAGAACAGGCCUCGCCAUGAUCGACCAAAGAAAUUGAGUGCACGUGCUCAGCAUCAUAUCCAGAGGUUGUGUUUGGGAAAUAGAUGUAUGAGUGGUGCCAGCAUUGCUGCAGAGGUUGAAGGGGUGGGGGGUCAGCCUGUCAGUGCUCAGACCAUACGCCGCACACUGCAAAAAAAUUGGUCUGCAUGGCUGUCGUCCCAGAAGGAAGCCUCUUCUAAACAUGAUGCACAAGAAAGCCCGCAAACAGUUUGCUGAAGACAAGCAGACUAAGGACAUGGAUUACUAGAACCAUGUCCUGUGGUCUGACGAGACCAAGAUUAAUUUAUUUGAUUCAGAUGGUGUCAAGCGUGUGUGGCAUCAAGCAUGGUGGUGGGAGAGUCAUGGUCUGUGGCUGCAUGAGUGCUGCGGGCACUGGGGAGCUACACUUCAUUGAGGGAACCAUGAAUGCAAACAUGUACUGUGACAUACUGAAGCAGAGCAUGAUCAGUAUGCAGUAUUCCAGCAUGAUAACGACCCCAAA